AUGGGCAUCGAGCUUACUUCGGGAUUCGACUCUCAAAUGAUCAACGCUUUGCAGAUUGUGCCAGCGUGGAAAAAUUAUUUCAAUAAUCCCAAGGGUGCCUUGAAGGGCAUCAUCGCUGCGGCAUACUCUCUCGGAGCUAUCCUCUCGCUUCCUCUAAUCCCCAUUGUGAAUGACAAAUUUGGCCGUCGGUGGUCCAUUUUUGGAGGCUCUGUCAUCAUGGUCAUUGGCGCAAUCAUCCAAGGUUUCAGCACACAUGUGGGAAUGUAUAUCAUUGCGCGCAUGAUUCUUGGUUUCGGCAUCCCGACAUGCAUCGUCUCUGGCUCGUCCUUAAUAGGAGAACUUGCUUAUCCCAAAGAACGCCCCGUAUUGACGUCGCUUUUCAAUGUUGCUUACUUUAUUGGCCAGAUCAUUGCAGCAGCUAUUUGCUUCCGCACGAACAACAUUACAACAGAUUGGGCGUGGAGAAUUCCUUCUCUUCUCCAAGUAUGCCCUUCACUGCUCCAAAUCUGCUUCGUCUUUCUGCUUCCAGAGAGCCCUCGUUGGCUAAUCAGCAAAGAUCGCCUUCAAGAAGCGCAGGAUAUCCUUACCAAAUACCACGGCGAAGGAGACCGCGGACUUGAGUUUGUUGCAGCAGAGUUUGCGCAGAUGCAAACUACGAUCCGGCUGGAGAUGGAAGCUUCAAAAAGAUCCUGGAUGGACAUCGUCAAAACAUCAGGCAUGCGCAGGCGUUUGCUAAUUACCUGUAUGCUGGGCCUCUUUACACAGUGGUCCGGAAACACCUUAAUCUCAUACUACUUGGUGGAUCUGUUGGAGAUGAUUGGGUACAAGGACUCUACAUACACACAGAAGAUCAAUGUCUCCAUCGCGUGCUGGAGUCUCUUCUGCGGCGUUACUGUUUCGCUUCUUGUUACAAGGAUUCGCCGCCGUGUGAUGUACCUGACCUGCACAAUCAGUUUGCUCUUGUGCUACAUUGCUUGGACAAUUUCAACGGAGCGUGCCCAAACCGCCCAGGACUCCGGGCAUCCGAACCGAGCCGCUAACAUUGCGACACUGUUCUUCAUUUAUGCAUACUCUCCAUGUUAUAAUAUUGGCUAUAAUGCUCUCACAUACACAUACAUGGUUGAGGUGUGGCCGUAUGCAGAGCGAUCCCGCGGCAUUUCGAUCUUCCAGCUUUUCGGCCGACUUGCUGGCUUCUUUACAACGUUUGUCAACCCUAUCGGUCUUGAUAAAGCAGGGUGGCGUUACUUGAUCUCAUACUGCUGCUGGCUGGCCUUCGAGGUCUGCUUUGUGUACUUUAUGUUCCCCGAGACAUUUGGGAGAACACUUGAGGAAUUGGCAUUUAUUUUUGAGGACAAGAAACUAGCUGAUGAGGCGGUUGCUGCAGUGGAAAAGAUUGUGCAGCAAAGGGAAGAGCACUUAGAGCAAGGCGUAAUGCAAAAACAAGAUGUUAGCAAAGCAGCAGAGAAGACAUUGUACGGAUAG